GAACUAGAAAGAGUCAUGAAAUCUUCCAUAACUUGUUUCCUAUACUUAUUGUUUAUUUUAGUUUACUAUGUUUCUAAAUGUCAUUCCAUAGUCCCUAAAGCUUAUAAACAUCAUAAGACAGGAAUUUAUCAUAAUCUUAUUGAAGUGUUGACCUACAAUCAUUCAUACAAAAGUUGUUAUCUUUUAACGGAAGCAUUAAAACGUUUUGAAGAACGUCUCACAUUAAUAAAACAAUAUCCUAAAGUUCCGAUUUAUUUGCCUAAUUCCACAAUCGAUACCAUCAAAAUAUCAAUCACUAAGGGAUGUAACGAAUCAAAUGGCGAAUUAUGGCCUUCUGAAUCAAUCAAUGAGACGUAUUCACUCUUCAUUUUCAGUAAAAGAAUAAUCUUAAAAUCAGAAGAAAUCUGGGGAACAUUACAUGGAUUGGAAACAAUACUUCAGUUAAUUUACAGAAGUCCACUAGAGAGAAACAUGAUUGAAGGUGGUAUCAUUUGGGAUGAACCAUCAUUUCCCCAUAGAGGAUUUUUAAUUGAUACAUCUAGACAUUAUUUAUCAUUAAAGGAGAUUGAGAAAUUCCUUGAUUCAAUGUCAAUGGUGAAAAUGAAUGUACUUCACUGGCAUAUUGUGGACGAUCAAUCUUUUCCCUAUGUAUCUGAAACGUUCCCGAAACUUUCUUCAAAGGGAGCAUUUCACCCGUAUCUUUUAAUCUAUACACCGAAUGAUGUGAAAUAUUUAUCAAAUUAUGCUCGUUUACGAGGAAUAAGAAUAAUGCCGGAAUUUGAUACACCAGGUCAUGCAAAUUCUUGGGGGAAAGGGUAUCCAGAGAUUUUAACCAAAUGUUACAUUAAGGGUGAACCGGAUGGUACAUUGGGUCCAAUCAAUCCAAUCAAUAAUAUCUCUUAUAACUUUAUAUCACAAUUAUAUAAAGAAUUGUUCAGUGUAUUUCCUGAUAACUGGUUUCAUUUAGGUGGGGAUGAAGUUGAAUAUAAUUGCUGGCGUUCCAAUCCUUCAGUUAUUGAAUUCAUGAAACAAAUGAAGUUUGGUGAUGAUUAUCACCGCCUGGAGGGCUACUACAUAAAUAAUUUAAUUCAAAUUAUCAAUGAUGUCAAACCACCUAGACGAAAUAUUACUCCAGUUGUUUGGCAAGAAAUAUUUGAAAAUGGGUUUAGAGGCGAUAAAUCAACAGUAAUUCAUGUGUGGAAAGACUUAUAUUGGGAAUCUGUGGUGAAAAAUGCUACUAAAACAGGCUAUAGAGUACUAUUCUCAGCUGCUUGGUACCUGAAUUACAUUUCUUAUGGUGAUGACUGGAGGUACCACUAUCAUGUUGAUCCAAGAGAGUUCGGAGGUAGUAAGGAUGAUGCGAAAUUGGUUAUUGGAGGUGAAGCAGCUAUGUGGGGUGAAUAUGUGGAUGACACGAAUUUGUUUAGUCGAUCAUGGCCUCGAGGUUCAGCUGUAGCUGAAAGACUAUGGACUCAUGGUUCACCAAACACAACAGAUUUUAUUCCAAGGGUGGAAGAACUUCGUUGUCGAAUGCUGAGCCGCGGUUGGAACGCUGAACCAAUAAAUGGACCAGGAUUUUGUCCGCUUUAAUUAAAACUAAAAUUAUUAUAGUCCAUCUCGAAUACAUGUCGGUUUCAAAAUAAAAAAUAACUUCAGCAUCAGUUUUUAUGUCUAGAAAUUAUUUCAUUAAAAAUUUCAUAUCUACAAACCGUAAUAUUUGAUUAUUAUUAUUAUUAUUCAUAAUUAUGAUUAAAAUCGAAACAUAAAAACAACAUAGAUACUCAAAAGAAUAUAUUGUAGCUACAAUAAACUAUUGUAGGGCCAGCGAAAUGUCACUAAGCCUUAGCCAAAUCAUCCGGUAGUUGGAUCAUUGAAUAUCGAGCAAAUCAUCGAUCCUCGUCAAGGUCAGGGACAACCAAUGCGCAUCAGUUAAUCGUAUGCUAUGGACUGACCCAUGCGGCAGUGGUCUUACUUUCGCUUGUAUCUACUUUAACUAAUAUAUUUCUGUAAUAACGU